GAAUUCUUUUUAAUUUAUGCAAUGGCUGGAGAGAUAGUCUAUGCUGAUAUCAAACAUACAUCUUCAGAACAUUCAUCUUCACUCCAGAGAUCUGGUUCAUUGGCUCUCCAAGAUAUAAAACAAGAGGGUACCCCCAUGAAACUGAGUGAAAUAUCAGUGAGAAAAGAUUCUCAACACCACAGAAUUUUCCUGAAAGUUGAAUGUGCAAUGAUUAUCAUUCUUCUUGUAAUAGUAGCUGUGCUGAGCGUGCUUGUUAUUCAGUUCAAAUCUGCAAGACAAACUGAAGUGGAUAAUGAAUCAAAGAAGAAAUAUUGUACUGAGCAAAGUAAAUCUGAAGCAAGCAGCUCAAUAGUUUCUUUUGAUUCUUCUACUGUUCAUACAUCAUGCCCCACCAAAGAUUGGAGGCCACAUGGGGGGAAAUGCUACUGGGUUGCUGAAAAUGAAAAUAAGAAAUCUUGGAAUGAGAGUAAAAAUGACUGUGUCAUGAAAAACUCACGUCUCAUGGUGAUCCGAAACUUCACUGAUACGACUUUCCCAUGGCAAAACGUACGUGAUUCAUUUUGGGUUGGUUUGAGGAUUCCUCCUGGAGGGGAAUUAUGGACCUGGCUGGACAACAGCACUUUUGACCCAAAGCUGUUUUCAAAUGAACGAGAGACCCGGAGUAUGAAGUGCGCCCAGGUGUCUUCUAACAAGAUAAUCAAAGCAAGUUGUGAGAAAAAUUAUCCAUGGAUUUGUCAAUUGUAAUCCACUUGGCAGAAAAUAAGUCUCUGUUUGUCUGACUAAGAGACACCACAUGAAGUUUGAGCUCAGAUUAUAAGAAAGUUCAGAGGGCUGUGUGUGUGUGUGUGUUUUAUAGUACUAUUCUCAGAAAUGUGGAAAAGGAGAUACACAAAAUAAAAUGUUUUAGAAAAUGA